UGGAGAGGGGCAGUAAAGAUCUCACCAUAGGGGCGAAAACUAGAAAGGCAGGCAGCUACACGUCUACGAGUCCUACACCUGUCACCAUUGGGUUUGACACUUCCUGGAUAAGAGUGCACGCCUCAGUGACUGGUGCGACUGUCAGAGGAGAAAGUGAAAGAGAGGGAGAGAGUGAGAGAGAGAGAGAGUUUGCCAGGGGGAAGCUUCUUGCCAAACAAACAGCUGAGUUGUAGUAGGUGACUCGUGGAGGAGGAAGUCAACUGGCUUUAGCUCAUGGACUAGAAAAGAAGGAUCGUUAACAUUCAAAGCUGUAGCCACACUUCAAGUUCUACUUCCUGUUACUGUGUUGUUCUGCAUGACUGCUUGACAAAGCAGUGCUAAAAUAAACUGCACUCUGUGGAACUCAUUCACACCACAAAACCUUGGAUGGUUCCUCAUCUAAAGGGUCUCUGGUUCAUCUUGCAUAUUUGCCUAUUCCCUCUCUGAUGGGCUUUUUAGAAGGUUCUCCACUGUUCUUAUCUUUUUAUUACUUUUCGUUUUGCCUAUCAACUCUUUUUGUUUGCUAUGAAGACCUCGAUGUUCUGGCUUCUUGUGUCUGUGGAGUUGUGAGAAGUGAAGUCAAGCCAGACAUCCAAGAUGGAGCAGUCAGAUUGGCACUCAGAUGGAGAGAUUGAGGGGCUAUCCGGACCCUUGGAGGUUCUACUGGAUGGUGAGGACACCGGAGGAACAGAUUCAGCUUCUUCGUCUUGUUCAGACCUGUCCAUCUCAACCCCUGCCUCCCAACCAUGUCCCAACAGCAGCAAGAGCUUCUCUGGGCUGCGAAUCUUUGGUAGAAGGAAAGCCAUUACCAAGACUGGUGGGCCGAAUAAUGCUGCCCAGUCUAGUGCCACAAUACCCGCCAAAAGUGAACCAAGCAAAGAGAUCUGCAGCACCGUCGAUUGGACUGAAAAUGCCCAGUUUGGCCAACAUGUGUGGUUUGAGACCAGUCCAUCUGGAGACUUCUGUUACGUUGGAGAGACGUAUUGCUUUGCAAAGUCGCUGCAAAAGUCCCUUCCUCGCCACAAAUGUGCAUCCUGCAAAAUAGCUGUCCAUACUGUAUGUAUGGAUCAACUUGAGAAGAUUAACUUCAGGUGUAAGCCAUCGUUUAAGGAUCCAGGAAUGAGAAACGUCAGAGAGACCCCAAACAUGAGACAUCACUGGGUCCACAGGAGACGGCAAGAUGGAAAAUGCAAGCAAUGUGGAAAGGGUUUCCAGCAGAAAUUCUCUUUCCAUAGUAAAGAUAUUGUGGCUAUCAGCUGCUCAUGGUGCAAGCAGGCAUACCACAACAAAGUAAACUGCUUCAUGCUGCAGAAAAUCGAUGAAACCUGUUCUCUUGGAGCUCAUGCGGCUGUGAUCAUUCCUCCAACCUGGAUCAUAAGAGUCUCCAGACAGCAGGGAUCAUUAAAGAACAGUAAAAGAAAGAAGAAAGCGUCACUUAAAGCCAAGCCCAGCAAAAAAGUCAUGGAGCAGGACGGAAAAUGGAAACACUUCGUUGUGAGACAGAUUCCGUCCCAGCUCAUGAAGCCACUGCUGGUGUUUGUCAAUCCAAAGAGUGGUGGAAACCAGGGAACGAAAAUCAUCCGGUCUUUCAUGUGGUACCUGAACCCUCGGCAAGUGUUUGAUCUCACUCAGGGGGGCCCGAGAGAGGGGUUAGAAAUGUACCGCAAAGUGCCCAACCUGCGGAUCCUGGUUUGUGGAGGAGACGGAACGGUUGGCUGGAUUCUUUCUGUGCUUGACGAGCUCCAGUUAAACCCUCAGCCUGCUGUGGCCGUACUGCCGCUCGGGACAGGAAAUGACCUGGCAAGAACGCUCAACUGGGGCGGGGGCUACACUGAUGAGCCGGUGACUAAGAUCUUGUCCCAUGUAGAAGACGGCAACAUUGUCCAACUGGACCGAUGGAACCUGAGUGUGGAGCCCAACCAAGAGGCCAGUGAAGAGGAGAGGGAUGAGCACCAGACAGACAAGCUUCCCAUUGAUGUCUUCAACAAUUACUUCAGCCUUGGAUUUGACGCACAUGUGACCUUGGAGUUUCACGAAUCCAGAGAAGCCAAACCUGAAAAGUUCAACAGUCGACUCCGCAAUAAGAUGUUUUAUGCUGGAACUGCUUUCUCAGACUUCAUCAUGCGCAGCUCCAAAGAUCUGUCCAAACACAUCAAGGUGGUGUGUGAUGGUACUGAUCUUACCAGUAAAGUCCAAGAUCUGAAACUGCAGUGCCUCCUUUUCCUCAACAUUCCCAGAUAUUGCGCUGGUACGAUGCCAUGGGGGAACCCGAGUGAACACAAUGACUUUGGUCCACAGAAGCAUGAUGACGGGCUCAUUGAGGUCAUUGGAUUCACCAUGACCUCCCUGGCAACCCUGCAGGUUGGAGGGCAUGGUGAGAGGCUUCAUCAAUGUCAGGAGGUGAUUCUUACCACUUCUAAGCCCAUACCUGUACAAGUGGAUGGAGAACCAUGUAGACUGGCUCCAUCUGUCAUCCGCAUCACCCUCAGGAACCAGGCCAACAUGCUGCAAAAGACGAAGAGAAGAAUCUCUCUACCACAGCUCAAUGAUCAGCAGCCCAUCACAGAGAAAAUUCAGAUCCAGGUGAACCGCAUCAGCAUGUGUGAUUAUGAAGCACUGCAUUAUGAUAAGGAGCAGCUCAGGGAAGCCUCAAUUCCCAUAGGGGUAAUUACAGUUCCUGGGACCAGUGAUUUGGAGAUGUGUCGGCUCCAUAUUGAGAAGCUACAUGAGGACGUGGAUGGAGUGAAUACAGAUACACUAAACAUGCCAAAGCUUUCACCAAAAUGGUGCUUCCUGGACUCUACAACUGCGGACCGUUUCUACAGAAUAGACCGCGGUCAGGAGCAUCUUAACUAUGUGACAGAGAUCUCCCAGGAUGAGCUUUUCAUCCUGGACCCAGAGCUGGUCACCAAGGAGACGGUGGGCACGUCGCCCGGAAUGCCGGGGGCGAUGGAAACCAUAGGGGGAUGUUCCAAAACAACACACCAGUUUGCUUUUCCUGCCUGUUCUCCUGGGCCUUCUCCACUGUGCAGGAGGGGAGCAAAAAUUAUGAAUAUAAAUCGUUCAAACACACCCGAAGGAGACUCAAGGUUAGACAUCUGGAAUGACGCAGAUCAAGAGUCAAUAAACAUGAUCUUUGAGGCUGUGAAGUCUGACAACUUUGAAAAGCUAGUACAGAUGCAUGAAAACGGAACAAAUUUGUUGGUGCAGGACCGGUUCGGCUGCACCCUCCUGCAUUACGCUGUCGAUGUCAGCAACAAAGAGAUUGUCAAGUAUAUCAUUGAGAAUGCUCCUGCCUGCAUCCUUGAUGUGACAGUGAAAUCGACAGGGGAGACAGCAUUGCAUAAGGCAGCUGCAUCACACCAGAGAACGAUCUGCUAUUACCUGAUGGAGGCAGGUGCAUCCCUCAUGAAGACAGACCUACAGGGUGAAACUCCAAAGAUGUAUGCGGAGAAAGCUCAGGACUUUGAACUGGCUGAGUACUUAGAAAACCGGCAGCACCACCAGAUGAUCCAGAGAGAUGACCAUGAGACCGCUGUUUGAGCAGCAUCCAAAACUGUCAUACUCAACAACCACUAAAACCACUGGAGCAAAACUCGCCUCUCCCAGGUCCAGUUUAUCUGGCACAGCAAUGUUGUGAGGCAGCAUGUCUACAGAAAUUAGUUUGUUUGCUCUAUCGAUGUUUUUGCCAAAAAGACAGUGUUUGUGUCAUGUUUCAGAAUGCAUGAGUUUGCUGCGUCUCGUCCAUCUAUCAGGACGCCACAAACAGGCAUCGCUUUGCUCCUUAGAACACAAUGUGCAAAAUUUCUGGGAAUUCAGGGCUGAAAUAACCCUGAAUUAAAGUGGCUUUUUUAUAACUACUAUAAGGCAAAGCAGAUAAACCUCAAGGGAGUUAUAUAAAUGUUAAAAGAGAGGUUUUAUUUGGAAAGAAACUACUGCUGCUUUUGACUACAUCAAUAUUGUAUAAAAUUGUUUGGAUUUAAAAACUCUGUUACUCAUUGCAUAUCUAAAGUUUUUGCAGAUAUGCGUAGACUUAAUAGUUAUGUGAACGAAGUUUAUCGGUUAAUGAACUUCACAAGUUACUCUUGCAAGUUACUGAACUUUUGCAAAUAUCUGCACUGCAAAUAAACUAAAAAACUCUUAAAUCAGUAUUUUUUUUUAAAUCUUGGUUUCCUGUAAAAAUAUCUAAACACACUUUUAAAAAUCAGACAAAUUUACCUGAGAAGCAAAGACUUGUUUUCAGGGACUAUAUCUUGAAUAAAGGAAUAUUCCGGGUUCAAUACAAGUUAAGCUCAAUUAACUGCAUUUGUGGCAUAAUGUUGAUUGACUCUUCACUACAUUUUAAAAAAGAAGAAAAAAUUCUGAAAAGGCACUUAUAAUGGAAGUGAAUGGGGCCAGUCCAUAAACACUAAAAUAAACAUAGUUUUAAAGAGGUAUAGCCAUAUGAUAUAAACACUAAAUACAGUAUUUUAACAUGAUUUUAGUGUGAUAACAUUGCCUACUAACAUUAUAUAUAUAUAUCAUUAUUAACUUGUCUUGAACCUGGAAUAUUCCUUUUUUGUUUUAUUAUUUUUUCCCCCCAUUGGCAAGAUGUUUUUCCUUGUUUUAAGCAUAAACGUCACUAAAUUAUGACAUUUAUGCCUAAAACCAGAAAGAACAAUUUGACAAUGGGGUAAGAACAUACCGAUAUAUUCUCUGAAAAAUUAAUGUUAAUAUCUUUUGCCAUUUUGCUUAAAGGAAUAUUCUGGAUUCAAUAUAAGUUAAGCUCUGUCGACAGCAUUUGUGGCAUAAUAUUGAUAACCACAAAAAUUUACUUUGACUCAUCCCAAACUGAGACAGUGAGACACUUACAAUGGAAGUGAAUGGGGCCAAUCGGUAAACGUUAAAAUACUCAUUUAUAGCCAUAAAACAAACAAAAUGCAUGUUAACAUGAUUUUAGUGUUAUAAAAUCACUCGCCUUUUCGGUGUAAAAUGACGUGAUGUCAACAAACCCUAAAUUUACUGUAAAAAUGACAAAUUAAACUUUACAGAUUAAAUAAUACAGGAGUAUUAACAGAAGAAUUAAUUUAAGUGCUUUUAUAAAAUGAUAAGCUUCACAUUUCUGUUUAAACCCUCCAAACAUUGUCCCCAUUCACUUCCAUUGUAAGAGCCUCACAGUAACUCCGAUUUGUGCUUUUUUAAAGAAAAGUACAGAUGAGUUAAAAUAAUGUUUUGUGGUAAUCAGCGUUAUGCCACAAAUGCUGCUGAUUGAGCUAAACUUGUAUUGAGCUUAGAAUAUUCCUUUACGUUAUCUUGUUUUAAGGAUGUUUAAACAUUUUUACUUAAAUCCUACACAGAAAUACUGAUUAAGAAAAUUAUGUUUUGCAGUGUACUGCUAGGCUUCCACUCUCAAAUGUUUUUUCCGGUUAUGUUUUCAUAACCUCCUGCGUUUAAGAAUGCUUCCUCAGCUGUUGUUACGGGCCUUUUCUCUCUUUGUUGUAAACGCUUGAUUUUCCCAAAGCAUUCCAUGAAUUACUAUUUAAGAAUCACUGUUAGGAAGCAUUAAGUCACAUGUACCAUAAUCUUAUAAAUCAUAAUUAUUUGUUAGUAAAUAAUUUGCCUGAUAUUACUUGGCAAAUAAAGCUUGCACUGACCACUAAUCUUUUGAAUUAACAAUAUGGUAUGAUCUGUUCAUUUUUAUUUCAGGUUAACUUUAACGUCAACGCAAGAGCCUUGGUCUUUUUAGUUUUGAUUUCUGGCCAAAUUGACUGCGUUAAAUACACAGAAAGUUCUUGAAUUGUGCUGCCAGACCCAUUUAAGCUUUAAAGGCAUAAUCCUGAACUGAUAAAUCACAUUAUCAGUGACGAAUGGCCAUUUGUGAAGACCAAAGGAGAGAACCGAAGGAUACAGUAUGUUGCGGUCUUGGGUUUUGCAUUGUUUGUUACCUCUGACAGAGUUAUCAAUAUAUUUAUGCCAUCAUCUUCAACUACUUGUGUAUUCAACUGGGUCUUUUUAUGUACAUGAAAAUUGACUAAAUGCUUGAAUAAUAACAGAGGUAGGAAAGCUGGUCUUUUUACAAAGCAGCCAUUGGACAACAUUGUGUUGUCAGGAUUGCCAUAUGUGUGUAUGUGGUGAGCUGUCAUUGAAAAUAGAAUAAAGUGUCAAUUUUGUCUGUGCUUUGUAUGAGUUGCUAUGCAAUUCCAAAUAGAUAAGACGUGUAUAUAAUCUGUCGAACAUUUUAAAAAUGUGUGAACAAUCUGUUCUGAUAUGCAGGUCUUGCAUUUGUAUGUGAUAUGAACUUAGAUCAAGGUAAUGCUUUAUAAGACUAGAUAAGAGUUUUGUUAGAUAUUCAAGAAGAAUAGUCAUAUAUUUGGGGCUGGUUUGUUGCUGUCUACUUGGAAAAAAAAAAAAUUAAAUAAAGUCCUUCAA